AUGGUAGCCCCCAUCAAGGGAGAAGUUUUGCAGGUCUACCUUGCAGCCUCAGAAGAAACCAUUAGUGCAGUUCUAACAGCGGAAAGAAAAGGAGGGCAAGUGCCUAUAUACUUUGUGAGUAGAGUGCUUCAAAGUCUAGAAACAAGAUACCCAGAAAUUGAAAAGCUGGCCUUGGCAUUGAUCCAUGCUGCCAGGAGGCUCCGGCGCUACUUUCAGGCUCACCCAAUCCAGGUCCUCACAGACAAGCCGAUAAAGCAGGUGCUUACUUGGCCAGAAGUAUCAAGGCGAUUGGCCAAAUGGGCUAUCGAACUUGGGGAGCACGAGAUAGAGUUUCGCCCCAGGAAUGCCAUCAAAGGGCAGGUAAUGACAGAUUUCCUGGCAGAGACACCAAGUAAAGAGCCUACUCAAAAAAGGAAGACCCCGACAAAAGAAGUGUAUGAGGAGCCUAUGGAGCCAGAAACAUGGAAAUUGUAUACGGAUGGAGCCUCUAGUGCCGAUGCCUCGGGAGCUGGAUUGAUACUUACUAACCCAGAAGGCCAAGAAUUCACAUAUGCCCUUCGAUUCAACUUCAAGACAACCAAUAAUGUCUCAGAGUAUGAAGCCCUACUGGCAGAACUCCGGAUAGCCCAAAAAAUGAAGGUAAAGCACGUACACGCUUUUGUAGACUCACAGAUAGUGGCUUUUCAAGUAGACGGAACUUAUGAAGCAAAAGAGCCGGUUAUACCCGGAGAAGAGAGAAGUUCCAUUGAAGAAAGCUCGAUGGUAGCCCCAAUAGAAGAGGAUGGCCCUACAUGGAUGAUACCGAUCAUUGACUAUCUCACCAAUGGGACACUCCCAGCUGACAGAGAUCAGGCAAGAAAAAUUAGAGUUAAGGCUCCACAAUAUGCACUCAGGGGAGAAGGCUUAUACAAGAAAUCAUACUUGGGUCCCCUACUUCGAUGUGUAGGACCAAGGCAAGCUAAGGAAGUCAUUCAAGAAAUACAUUAUGGAGCCCGUGGUCUCCACUCUGGUCCAAGAACUCCUGGCCUUUCACCAAAUGGGGAAUCGAUAAUUGUGGGACCAUUCCCAACAGCACCAGGUAGACUCAAGUUCCUAGUAGUAGCGAUUGACUACUUCACCAAGUGGGUGGAAGCCAAACCGCUAGCUACAAUUAGCGGGAAACACAUGGAAAAAUUUGUGUGGGAACAUAUUAUAACAAGGUUUGGGAUCCCAGAAACAAUCAUUAGCGAUAAUGGGAAGCAGUUUUGUGAAAGAAAGUUUAAAAGUUUUUGUGAAAAUCUUGAAAUACACCAAAGUUUUACAUCAGUGGCCCACCCACAGGCCAAUGGACAAGUGGAGUCGGCAAACAAGUCGAUAGUUAAGGGAAUCAAGGCAAGACUGGGAAGAAGCCAAAAUGGUUGGGUGGACGAAUUACAUCAAGUGCUCUGGGCACACCGAACCACUCCCAAAACCAGCAACGGGGAAACUCCUUUUAGCCUGGUGUAUGGGACAGAAGCAAUGAUCUCAGCUGAAGCUAGUGUUCCAACGGCCAGAAGAUUCAUAAACAGCACGGAAAAUGAAGAACAGCUAAGAACCAACUUGGACCUUUUAGAAGAAAGACGAGAAGUCGCAGCCAUUAAGGAAGCUGAAUACAAAAAAAUAGAUGCAGAAGUACUACAACCAGCGAGUACAUAA